AUGGCGUCAUCAAAAGCAGACAUCAAGGAACCGGCAACCCCCUCUGGGCCGCCAUACCUCCCCCCGUAUGCCCCGGUCGGCGGAAUACCCGCCUUCAAUCACGACCUCGCUCCCUGCAUUCUAUUCUUGGUACUUUUCGUCUUCGCUGCCGCUGCACACGCGGGCGUUUUCGGACGCAACAAAAGCCGGGGCCGCAAAUUCGUCUUUUCCAUGGCACUCUUUGGCUUCUGCAUGGCCCGGAUUACGGCAAUCUCAAUGCGUUUAAUCUGGGCAUCAAACCCGGAUAACCCUCGCAUUGCAAUUGCUGCCAAUGUUUUCAUCCUUCUUGGCGGCGUGAUCGUCAUCAUUGUGAACCUCUUCUUUUCCCAACGCCUCCUCCGUGCGGUUCAACCACAGCUUGGUUGGAGACCACUCAUGAACAAGAUCUUUCUGGGCCUCCUCAUAAGCAUCGCCUCUGUCCUGGUUAUCAUCAUCGCAACAACAGUCCAUUUCUUCUUCACCCUCGACGCCAAAACUCGCCACAUCGAGCGUGUCUUGCUGCUCGCCUGCAGCACUUGGCUAACCACCUUGGCUUUCCUUCCUUCUGUUGCCGUUGGAUACAUCCUAUGGUUGCUUUACACACCCAGCUUCGAUGUCAAUGGGAUGGACAACUUCGGAGAGGGAUCAAUACCACGCAAGAUUAUGGUGUUGGCGUUCGGUUCGUGCCUGACUACCCUUGGUGCAGGCUUCAGACUUGGUGCAAACUUUGAUGCACGUGAGAUCGGCCACGCGACUUGGUACCACAGCCGCGCCGCCUUCUACUGCUUCAACUUUACCAUUGAACUCCUCAUCGUCGUUGGCUACGCGGCUUUCCGAAUUGACAAGCUCUUCAUCGUACCGGACGGGGCUGAGAAAGGACGCCGCUAUGGUGGGAUAAACGUAGAAGUGCCAGCAAACGAAGGAAGACAAGUGGAUGAAGAGAGAGCAGAACUCCGAGCCGGGGAUAGGCCUGAACCCCCCGCCGAGGAGGGUAGGGAAAUGGAUAACAUGGAUCCCAAACUUGUUGGCCGGCGUCUUGCAACGGUCCCGGUGGUGGAACACUCAGACGAGACAGCUGUACCAUCAUCCAGUACUUCUGGUGGUACUAAGCCACCCGGGCAAUCUUUUUCUCCUGCGAGUUCACGACCUCUCUUCCCGCCACCCUACACUACGGCACCUGAGACGUCCACGUCUGAGGGCGGGGCGGUUGACAAUACGGGCAGCACUGCGCAACCAGCCAAUGGGCAAGGUGGGUCGGAAGAGUGUCGCGUGCGCUUCGAAGGGCGGAAGGAAAAACCCGGCGGCCUAAUAGAAGGGGAUGAAGAGGGUGCAGGUGGCUCUUCGGGCGAGCCGAGUAUCAGGCCAGUCACGAAGAUUGAGGAGGAGGUGGUGGUGGAUAUUCCGCUUAGGAUAACCUUUGAUGGUUUGAUGGAGGAUGGGGCAUUUUUGGGGGGUGGCUCGGCGCAGACACAGGGACCGCCACUGGAACCCUCACAGGAACCGCCACAGGAGGAAUAA